GGUUGUCAUAACGUCAAGCAACAUGGCGGCUGCGGCGCAGAGUCCCGAUGCUGAGGCGGUUUUACCGGAGAGCUCCGCGGCUGGAGGGGACGGAGCAGCACCGGCGGCCGCUGCCCGGGACAAGCCGGUGUGUCUGAUCGUGCUGGGCAUGGCGGGCUCCGGGAAAACCACCUUCGUCCAGCGGCUGACGGCUCACCUUCACACUCACAAAGCUCCUCCGUACGUCAUCAACCUGGACCCGGCCGUGCAUGAGGUCCCCUUCCCUGCUAACAUCGACAUCAGGGACACGGUGAACUACAAGGAGGUGAUGAAGCAGUACGGACUCGGACCCAACGGCGGCAUCGUGACGUCGCUCAACCUGUUCGCGACUCGCUUCGACCAGGUGAUGCAGUUCAUCGAGAAGAAGCAGCAGAAUCACCGGUACGUUCUGAUCGACACCCCGGGUCAGAUCGAGGUGUUCACCUGGUCGGCGUCCGGAACCAUCAUCACGGAGGCGCUGGCGUCGUCCUUCCCGUGUGUGGUGAUCUACGUGAUGGACACGUCUCGCAGCGUCAGCCCCGUCACCUUCAUGUCCAACAUGCUGUACGCCUGCAGUAUCCUCUACAAGACCAGGCUGCCGUUCAUCGUGGUCAUGAACAAGACCGAUAUAAUCGAUCACAGCUUCGCCGUCGAGUGGAUGCAGGACUUUGAGGUUUUCCAGGACGCUCUGAACCAGGAAACCUCGUAUGUGAGCAACCUGACCCGAUCCAUGAGCCUGGUCCUGGACGAGUUCUACACCAACCUGAGGGUGGUGGGCGUGUCCGCGGUGACCGGAAGUGGACUGGACCAGCUGUUCGCUCAGGUGGAGGACGCUGCCGAGGAGUACGACAGAGAAUACAGACCAGAGUAUGAGAGACUCCGCAGACAGCUGACGGAGGCUCAGAGCAGGAAGCAGCAGCAGCAGCUGGAGCGCCUGAGGAAGGACCUGGGAGCUGUCGACAUGACGCCGACGCCGCCCGCCGAGGAAGCUGACAUCGCCGGGCCCAGUGACCUCAUCAUGACACGUGGUAACCCUGACGACGGCGAGGAGGAGGAAGACGACAGCGACACGGACGACAUCGACCACAGCGUGCGGCGGGUCCAGCUGCCGGCCCAUAGGUGGCGCUGUGCCGCUCUCUGCUCGCUCAGCGUGUGGACGGACUCGGUCUGA